CAGACAGCUGCAUUACCACCAGACUCUGAAUCACUUCUCACUGCGAUAGAAACAAGUUGGAGUUGGGGGGUUUUCUGCGAAAGAAUAGUUUUGUCUGAGUUUUCUACACCGUUGGAUUGACACAUUUUAAUGAGUAUUGUCAGAGAUCUUUUUCAAACGGAUGUCUGCUGAACAGGCUGAGUCCUCUACAAUCGUCAUCUGCGCAGCGUGUACACAGGCCCUGCACAGCCAGAGCUCUUAUCCUGCUUCACUGGCUCAGCUGAGCCUCUGUAUCAGAGGCGUUUCUGACAGAACAGUCUGCUGUGUGUGAGAAACGCCAUCCAAGCUGGAUCACAGAGAAGCUGCCUUUAGCAAUGCUUAAUCUGGAUAUUUUGGCAGCUGGUCUGAAUCCUUGCUUUUUUGCCUCGUCCAGAUGAGAUGGAUUUCCUUGCUCCUUGAACCUGGACCUUCUCUGCUUUUAUUUUCCACUGGAACAUGCUUAUCUGGAUGUUCCUCCUCUUUGAUUUGGUUUCUGGGAUACACACAGAAGAGCUGGAUAUUUUGGAUUUCUGAAUGUUGCCUGCUUCCCCAUGGCAUGCUGUUUCAGGUCCCGCCACCAUGGAAGCUGGACGCCUAACUCUCCUCUUUCAGAUGAUGAAACGGAGCAGCACCACAGCACAAUGGUGGGUGAGGGGGGCAGCGCAGGGGACACUACUCCUCCCCCAAAGCGUAAAGGCAAGUUUUCUACCAUUGGCAAGAUCUUCAAACCUUGGAAGUGGCGGAAGAAGAAAAGCAGCGAGAAGUUCAAAGAAACAUCAGAAGAACUGGAGAGAAAGAUGUCGACAAGACGUACCCGACAGGAGCUCAUAGAGCAAGGGCUACUGAAGGAGGUCCCAGAUAAUGAUGGAGAGGCACAAAAUGUGAAACAGUCUUACGUUAAGAAUGGCCACACACUUCCAGUCAGUGGAGGUGGAGGAGUCAUCAGCACUGGGAGGAACCCAGGCAACCAGGUCAAGCUCCCUGGAGAGUCAGACUUUAGGAUGAACCCUGGGAGGCUCACCCAGCCAGAAGACCACAGGGGCCGCUCACCUUCAGACGGAGACCGUCGUGGAGCUUUGUGCUCCGGGAGCACUGGACUGCAUGAAGAAGGGUGGAGAAGUGGGGGAAUGGGGGCACGUGCACAUGGGGAGGGUGAGUGGAAAUCCAACUUGGCCUGGCAAGGACAAAUCCAUGCUCAGAUGGAUGAAGGUAGGCGCGGGGCCAGACUUCACCCGGACGAUGGGCAGAGGAGGCCAGGGCUGCAGAAGGCCCCGUCAGAGGAUGGCAGGAGGAGGCCUGCAGAAGCAGACUGGAAGCCAACGCUCCCUCGACAUGCCUCUGCAGAGGAGGGAAGAACCCGCAGAGAGUCAGACAGCCAUUUUGUACCUGACCCAGAGAUGCUGCAGGACACCCUUCGUGAACCUCUGCCGCCUAAACAGCCAUUUAUGCCUCCCAAGUGGCUGAUAAGUUCCACCCCUGAAACUGGCAACGAGGGUCCACCUCGAACCCCAUCCAACCACCCUGCGAUCCAGUACUCCUCCCCCUCAGCUGGGACUUCCACCAAACCUGUUCGAUCCGUGUCUUCCGCGGGUACCAGCACGCAUCAGCCUGCACCUUUGGCCCUAACGCCCACCUCGCAGGGCACCAAGCAACCUCCUCUCCCUCCACCCAAACCUGUAAACAGGAACAAUGCAGCCAUGCUGGUAUCCGCCCUGCAGGGGGGAGAAAACGCUCAGCUUCCUCUCUACUGGUCCUGCUGGAAGCGAGAGUGCGACUACGACGUCUACCUGUCUCUGCCUGUCUACCUGUGCCGGCGGGCCGGAGGCCUGCGCUCAGUUGACUUCAACCAAGCCACAGGGGGGGCAAGUCUCCAUCCAGCUAAGCCCUCUCCUCCAAUGCCUCCUAAGAGGACAACCCCAGUCACUAAACGCAACACAGCGGACUCUACUCCGAGCCAUCCCGUCAACCCGUCCCCGCUCUCUGUGGAGGACCACAGCAGCCUCCCUGUGGGCUUCCAACUGCCCCCACCUCCUCCAUCCCCACCCCUGCCGAGCCACAUACCGCCCUCUCCACCCUGCCAGCACAUGCACACCCACCACCUCCACCAUCAGCAUUCCUACCCACACCCGUUGCCCCAGCCCAUACCGAUGCUGUUCGAUCCACCAAGCCCGACCGUUGAGUCGCCCCAGCGCCCAGCCCCCGUCCCGCUGCACAUCAUGAUCCAGCGAGCCCUGUCCAGUCCUGGCCCGGCGCAGCCUCAUCCAGAUGGGGCGCAACGUGCGCACGCGCUACUUUUUGAAACCCCUCCAGAGUAUCAAGCAGAUCGCGGUCGACCUCUGCCUGUCAGCAUUCAGCCACUAAAACUAUCUGAAGAUGACUACUCAGAGGAAGAAGAGGAGGAAGAUGAUGAGGAAGAGGAGGAGUAUGAUGGGGAGAUCCCCCAGCCAGAGCUGGAGCCACGGAGUCGUCGCUGCCUGGUCGGUGAUGCUGGUGUUUGUAUCCUUCCCGGUGAAAAUAGUAGUGAGGAGGAGGAAGAUGAUGAAGAUGAUGUGCAGGGACAGCAUGACAUACACAGGGAGGACAGUGAUUCAGACGGUCCUGUGCUCCAUAAAGAGGAAGACUCUGAUGAAGAGGAUGAGCCCCCACUCAGUGCUCUGGCCAGUAGGGUCAAGAGGAAGGACACCCUGGCUCUGAAGCUGAGCAGCCGUCCCUGCGCUCUGGACAGGGACAGGUUCACGCAGGAGAGAAGCAGCAGAGAGGAUCAGCCUCCAGGGCAGACGGGCCUAACCUGGCAGAGCAGGGAGCAGUGGGAGGCUAUUCGCACACAGAUUGGCACUGCGCUCACAAGGCGGCUCAGCCAGAGACCAACUGCUGAGGAACUUGAGCAAAGAAACAUCCUUCAGCCCAAAAAUCAGGCUGACAGACAGGCGGAGGUUAGGGAGAUCAAACGCCGUCUGACCAGAAAGCUGAGUCAAAGGCCCACAGUCGCAGAGCUGCAGGCAAGAAAGAUCCUGCGUUUCCAUGAGUAUGUGGAAGUCACAGAGGCCCAAGACUACGACAGAAGGGCGGACAAGCCAUGGACUAAGCUGACUCCAGCAGACAAGGCCGCCAUCCGAAAGGAGCUCAAUGACUAUAAAAGCACUGAAAUGGAGGUUCAUGAAGAAAGCAGAAUUUACACAAGGUUUCAUCGGCCUUAACAUCCACGCUCUCGGAUAAUGAAGCACUUACGAUUUCUGUGAAAAGAAGCAGCUCCGUGCUCAGAUUGCCUAUUUCCCCACUAUGUCCAGACUUGGCUGUACUGUUUAAUCAAGGAAGAGCCUUCCAUCGCCGUCUCACUACAUCGCUUUUUGCCUGACCCAAGGCGGUGGCGGGCGAGGUCCAGAUGCAAUAUUUCUCCUAGACGACAGGGGGUGUGGGGGGUAGGAGGGGGAGAGUCCCAACAUGCCAACAAGGGAGUGAGGCAGCAAAGGAGCUACACUACAUGGCUUACUCUCACUCUGCUACUGUGUGUGGUAUCCUUCAGGGACUUGGAUCUAGUUAAAACCUUUAAUGCGGCCUCAUUCUGUGUUGCCUUUUUCUUUUUACUGUAUAUGGAAACACUUACUCAUCUUAAUAAUGUAAUAGCAUACAAUAAAAACUGUAAUAAUGAUGAGGACCUAUCAUCCUUCACACAGUAAUAAUAAAUAACGGUGACUGAAGGACCAGAAUGUGAAGAUUUGGACAUUUUCCGCUUUAGGACUUGGCAUCUCUGGGAUAUUGUGUUUUAUAUUGAUUAUGUACAGACUGCUGUUGUUAUAUCUUAGAAUGCAAGUGGGGAAAGAUGUUAUGAUAAAAUAUUAUGUUAUGCACAAGACGUUUUAUUUUAUAAUUGUAAUCACAUUAGUAGUGAAAGCUUUUAUUGGAUCAAUUUUUUAAUUAUUUGGCUUUGCCUGUAUCUGUAGUUGUGAUGUAAGGUGGACAAUUUAGCAUCAAACUAGCUGCAGAAAAAAAGUGCAGAUCAGCGAGGCAGCCUGCAUUUUUAUGCCUGAAGGACUAUAGGAAACAGAAUGUUGCAAUUCACUGCAUGAGCCAACCGGACCUCCAGUGUCAAUGAAUCUGGAAGAUCUAUGUUCAUUUAUACUUUUUUAUGAGUUUUUGUACUUCGUUUUAAAGGUCAAACAAGCAAGCAAUGCAUUCUGUAGCCGUUUUGAAUAAGAUCAUUCUCAUUGUGUCUGUAAUAAGAGCUUAAAUAUAAGUUGCUGUGAGCGUAGAUCAGGGAUUUGUACAACACAGAAAAAAAAAUCAGACAAUGUAUAAACGGUCAACAGGGAGUCAAUUUUGGUUGGAGAAUUUUGAAGCUACAGGUGUGUUUUAUUGUACUUUUGUCUGGCCAGUAGCUUACAGGGUUCUCUAUGCUGUGUACAGAUUCAUAUAGGUUUAACUGAUGCUUCUGUAUAUCUUGUCUUCCUUUCAUUUGGAAAUACAUUAUAAAUAUAAAGGUAUUAUAGGUUGCUAUUUUUUUAAGUACAAAGCAUUAGUUUGUGAUUAAAUGCUACAAGAAUGGGAACAUGAAGGCCUUUCUUUUUCUGUAAAAAAAAAUAAGUUCAGUUUUAAUUGGAUGUUGAAUUGAAUGAGCCGAUGAGUUUUCUUUUUAACUGUAAAUAGUCACAUCUGGAUCUAAAUAAAUAAUGCUAUAAUUCUCUGAA